AUGGCUAGAGUCCAAAGUCCACCACUUCUGACACAAAUACAAGUCGCGAGGAGUUACUCGGAACAAGCGACCGCUCUUCGCGCGUUGAGGGAUGAGAUAAUCGGGCACUCCCAACGGAAAGAACAGUGGAUACAAAACGGCGUGCUGGAGUUGCUUGUCAAGAUUCUCCAGAACAAUGGCAUCUCGCCGAGAAGCUCGAGUGGCAAGGAACGCAGUCGGACAGGGCAGUCCGCGGGGCUCUCGGAAGAGGCUACCGUGAGGCUGUUAUCUUUACAGCUCGUUGCCAGCUUCGCAUACGUCGUGUUGACGGCCCUACGGACUUUCAAGAACAUCACAGAAGCCACCCGGCUUGCGACCCCCGGUGCCGAAGAUACAACAAACUUGUCGGAUGCGUUGUUUUCUACCAGCUCACUUGCCGCUUUUUAUGACAUUCUCUCUCAAGAGUCAAGAGAUGGCGUGGUACAGGAACAAAAACGCUUAGUGGCGAGCCUAAUCAGCAGCUUAUGCAAGACUCCGACACACCAAAACGCCCUGGCUGACUCCGGUGUUAUGGAUGCGCUAGCUACGAUGCUGGCAAGUUUCGUUGUUGAGAGGGGGGAGGUUAUUCCAGGAGCAGAAAUAGCCGGGCGCAACGACGGACUAGCAGGUCUGAUCCCGGCUCCUGCACCUCCUGGUGCCGACCUGGCCCUGACGCUCCAGGCCCUAUCCACCAUCAUCGCCAACUCGCGUUUCCGCUCAUACCUGUUGCUAUGUUCUCCGGCCAUCGUGGCGGUCUUCUCUUCGGUUGGAGGUAUACCUCUCGCUCCGGAGUCGAAAGCAGCCUGGUAUGCGCUUGAGAUGAGCGGGUUUGGCACCAUCCGGCCUAGGGGGCCCCAAGCAAUGGACCUCUUGCUUCCCGCGGUUCCUAUCCCUCAGGCCAGGUCUCAAUCGAGAGGUUUCAGCGACUAUCCACCGCUGGGCUUCUCCUCAUCCCGGGAAGAUCUCGCCGCCAGCAGCAGCCAGGGGUCGACGUUCAAGUUUACCGGGGUGGGCGUGGGCCGUCCCGAUACGGCUGACGAGGAUGAGGAGGCUGAUGAGCCUGAAAGCCCUCUUAUCCCAUGGCUUAUUCGUCUUGCUCUGUCAACCCAGGGUCUCGAGAGAGUCAUGGCUGCUUCCCUAGUGACAUCGCUGUUCAAGGCUGGGUUUGCGUGUCCGGAACGCGAACAAAUGCUCGCAGUGCUCGUUGUUCCGCUCCUGGGGCAGCUGAUGAAGGAGCAUGAUGAGGAAAGCCCCGCCUCUGUCCAGCAGUCCGCUACCGUGGGGCCUGACGUGGCCAGGCGUUGGGAAAUUCAAGAGCGGGCUCCGGAUGUUCUAGCUCGGCUUGUUGGGGAGAGCGAAACUCUGCAGCGGGCGGCACGCGAAUGCGGAGUGCCUAAGAUGGCCGUUAAGCUCUUGAAGGAUUCGUACAAACCCCAGCCAGUGAGCUGCCCCCCUCAGCAGUGGUCAAGUAAGCCUGACCGAGGUGCGGAUGCCGAAGGAACCCCAGCUUCCUGCCGGCUCGGACCGCCUGGCCGGGUGCCUGCAUAUGGUCACAAAAUAAACACGCGGGAAAGCGCCCUGAAACUUGUGGCGGCAAUGGCCACACUGAGCAAUGAAUAUCGGGAGGCGCUCGUCGACGCAGAUGCCGUUUCGUACAUUGUGGAGUCACUCUGUCCAAACCCCGGCAAGCCAAAAAACCCCAGGGAACAAUCAUCCUCAGAAAAGGGACCUGAAGAUGGAAAUGCCGGCGGGCCCUCAGCGUAUGGCCACAACCCCAAUUCCGUCCUCAUGGCAGCAUGCCACGCUAUCAGGGCGCUCGCGCGGUCGCCCAAGAUCGUACGGACCACGAUGAAGGACCACGAUGUCGGAAAGCCAAUCAAUAAGUUGCUCAACCAUCCCGACACCGAAGUCCAGAUUGCUGCUUCCGGCGCAGUCAUCAAUGUAGUUACCAGCCACAGCCCUGUCGCGGCGACGUUGUGCAAGCAUACGCACUCACUCAACGCCGGCUUGCAAAUAAACGCGCUUUGGGCACUCAAGCACCUAGUACUCGAAAUGGACAAUAACAUUAGGAAGCCGUGUUUAGAUACGCUGGGGUCGGGGUGGCUCGUCCAACUCAUCAGCGACGAUGACACGUCCGAAGGAGAAGGAGUCCGGACACGGUCGCGGCCAGGACAGCGAGCGGCCGUUGACGACGACGACGACGAAGACAUGGACAAGGAAACGCUUGGCGGAGAGGACGAUGGCGCACACAACGAGUGGGUCUGGGCCGCCCAAAUCCACACCCCGCAAGUCUCUAGCUCGGCGCGCCUGCGACAAGCUGCCGCCAAACUUGAAGCCCUCCACGACGCGGAGCUCAACCCCGCUCGCAAGGCCCGGGCUGACCGCCUCGCGAUUCGGGAACAAGCCCUCGGGUUCAUCCGCAACUUUCUCACGAUUUCCACGUCGACCGGCCUACUGGAGAUGGUCGACUACCUGUUCACAGAGCUAGACCAGGAUCGACUGUUCUCCAUCCUGGCGGACAGGCUCAAGGUGCGCGUGGUGGGCGCGGUCGGGCGGCGGGCCUCGUCCGGGCGUGGGACCGGGCGCGACGCGCUGGUGCUCUACCCGCAGGCGCGCAUCGUCGAGAACGUGGCGUACAUUCUCGUCCACAUCGCGGCGGGCCCUCCGGCGUACCGGCAGUUGGUCAUCGCCCAGACGGAGCUCGUCAAGCUCCUGGGCGGGCACUUCAACAGCAAAGAUGCCAACGUUCGGCGCGCGCUUUGCCAGCUCUUCAUCAACCUGUGUUGGGCCGAGGACGAAAACGACUUCGAACCCUGCACGCAACGCGUCUCGGCGCUGGAGCAGCUCGGGUUCCUGGCCAAGCUGCAGGGCUUGGAGGUGGGGGAUGUGGACUUGGGCGUCCGGGAACGGGCCAGGGCGGCCGUGGGCCAGAUGAAGACCCCGACUGUGUAG